CGUCCAAGCGACAAGUACGAUGAACGUCGCAGGUGCAUGGGACGGGGCGACAUCAACGGCCUACCAAGAGACAAAAGCUCUCUCAACCGAGUGGAGCAACGAUGACUGCGACUGCUGCACCGACGACUGCAACACCAACGACUGUUUCAACUGCAUCAGCUGCUGUGACUCUGCCCACAACUGCCGAUGAUAUUCGCCGCUUUAUGAGUGCUAUUGACCUCCACGACGUUGCACGUCACUUCGACAACAAAGACGACGAUGUCAAUCCCUAUUUCGUGUGCGACGGUGUAUCCGUUGACGCCUUCAAUGCGUACGUUCGUGGUCAGGAAAGACUGCGGGUCGGCCUUCGGUUUCUCGAACUCAGUGGCGAUGGGCGUGUAUUGAUCACCGAGCUUCCAAAUUCAAGAGUGCACGAGAGCACAGCCUGGGAAUUCGGAAAGGAGUUCAACAGAGCGACAGGAAAUGAUCGCGAGGUUGCAAGUGGUGGCGCAACGACAGUCAGCAGCGAUGCCCUCCCAGACAAAGAGGCCGACGCGAGUUUUGGGCCACAACGAACCACGCCACAUCGAAACGCACCACCGCAAGGUCGUACGAUUGCUGAUUGGUUGACUCUGGUGGUGGAAGUUGGCGUAUCUCAAACUUGGCCCCAACUGAUCGCUGCUGCCACGUGGUGGUGCGGUUAUGCUGGGAUUGAGUACAUCUUGCUGCUCAAAGUUAGUGCCGAUGGGACGCGGUUUGAAUACCGUUUCUACGACAUCGUCACACCUGGGGUCCUUCCCGACGUGCCAACACGCGAUUUUCAACGAAGCAUCAGACCGGAUCCACGUGCUAUCAACAUCGGAUUCAACAUGCGCCGCAUCUUGUCCAUCCCCCCAAAUCAACCGCUUCCUCCCGGAGUGAACCAAGUCGCUGUUGUGAACCUCCGCGACAUCAUGGAUUCUGUCAUCAGAAGCAUUUGAGAAGUGGAUUUUAAGGCUCGAGCACUAAUCAAAAGCAUUGGUUUCAACUGCGUCGUCCAAUUUCAACUGGCCUUUGUCUAUCUAU